AUGGCAAACCCAGAAGCUGGAACCAGUGGUGAUGUUGCACCAGCAUCAGGAUGUGAGUAUCAAGUGUUCCUAAAUUUUAGAGGGUUCGACACUCGUCAUGGAUUCACGGACUUCCUUUACAAUCACUUGAUAGAUGUUGGAAUCCGUGUAUUCAGGGAUGAUGAUGAACUUAAGAUCGGUGAAGUGAUUGGUGAGAACUUGGUAAGUGCUAUCAACAACUCCAUAAUUUACAUACCCAUCUUCUCUAAGAAUUAUGCUUCCAGUAAAUGGUGCCUUUUGGAGCUUGCGCAUAUAGUGAACAACGUGUCUAAUUCAAAGGAUGAAAAGAGUAUCAUUCCCAUUUUUUUCAACGUGAAAUCUGAUGAUGUUAAACUUAAAACAUCCGUAUAUAGCAAUGCUUUAUCAGAACAUGAGAGGAAGUCUCCUGACCAAGUCAAAGUGUGGAAAGAGGCUCUUGCAAAGGUAGGAGAAAUCAAGGAAGCAACGUGGAAGAGAACACAAGGUAUGGAGCAGUGCAACAUCCUGUUCAUUGUUGAUGAUGUUGUCCAUGAAGGUGACGUAGGCUGUGAUCUCGUUCCCAGCCUCGAUGUGCAAGCGCUCGAAAGUCAUAAGGUUGAGGAAGGCGGACUCGGUGGUGCCAUCCACCUUGAUAACGGGGAGCGUCAAGAGCCCUCUGGCAAAGGAGAUGUUCUUGAGACUGCUGGUCGGGGUCUUCUGGAACUGGAUCCCGGUCUCAUUGAGCUCGGUGGCCGACAGGAUUAUCUGCUCGGUCUCUACAGCGGCCUCAAACCCCACAUUUUCCGGCUCGUAUCGGACCUUCUCGGUGUUCAUCAGCAGGCCCUCCUGAAGACAUCCACGGCAUGCAGGCAUUUGCCCAUGCCCAUCCUUGUGAUACGCAUGCUGGGGGAGCAGAACUUGAGGAGAGCUUGUUGA